AUGGAUCGAGUGUCAAUAGAAGUCAGUCCUCUACCCCGUUCUACUUGCAUUGACAAUGUCAUGACCCGUCCGCAGGAACUCAAUGAUACUCCAUACGAACUGCGUAGCGACGUAUACGAACGCUUGCUAGAGUGUCGGGAUGUCCAUGUGCUGAACGUCGCAGUCAACCGGGUGCAGCGCAAACUUGACAUGUUACAAAGGCUUCACUCGCGCUUGCUCGCGCACAAGGCUCUGGUCUCCUCUCUGGCCGCACCGACAAGACUCAUCUCGGAGGAUCUCCUUCUACGUAUUCUCACGUGCGCAUGGUCUUGCACGGUGAAGGGGGACCGGCUACAGUUCACCCUGUCUGUCGCGUCUGUCUGUCGGUCUUGGAGAGAGGUAGUGAUUGAGGCGUCCGAGCUCUGGUCAACUAUACCCAUUAACGUCAUUCAUCAGUGUCUCUCUAACCUCCGCCUUUUCAUUGAGCGUUCGCGCUCGCGUGGGUUAGAAAUCAACAUCGACUCCCUUCGAUACAAAGACUAUUCUGAAAGUGGCAAUCUAUCUUCACGGGAGGAAAAGGAGCAUGAAAACAUGGCCGCGGUACUGAAACUUCUUGUCCCUCAUCUCAAUCACUGGAAGUCCCUCUCGAUAUGUCUUCCGAUCAAUUACAUAACUCAAGUGCUUGCCUCUAUGGAAGGACCCGCCGAUCUUCUUGGAAAAUUCUCCGUCUUCCCCAAGGGGUCAAUGUAUGGCUUCCUGCGAUCCUCUAUGUUCCCUGCUCAUUUCAAAGCACGGAGAUUAACCAUCCUGGAUUUACAUGGUAUACAGUUCCCCGAAACAGUGGUUUUCCAGGAUGCUGUUCCUGCAUUGCGAACGCUCAAGCUGUCAUAUCCAAAAAUGCCAAGUCGAAGGAGUAUGCUGCAGAUGUUGGAGCCUUUGUGUCACCUCGAGCAUCUCGAGCUUGUAACGCCAGAAUUCGUCACUCGGUUGGACGUCGAUCACUCUCCGAGAGUUGCCUUGGCGAAAUUGAGGUCUCUUUCGUUCAGCCAUAUCCCUCCCGAUGAAGUUCGUGCACUGUUGUCUCUUUUUUCCGCCCCGCACUUGAAGUGUUUGACGUACCAUUCUCCCAAUUCCUACGGGUCCAAGGCUCCCCUUGUCGUGCAACAUUCCCGAUUCUUUCCAUCACUGCAUACAGUUCACAUCGACAUUCCGCGUCGUUAUUGGAGCAGACCUUUAGCCGUCAUUUCGCGAUGGAUCCAAGGGUUUCGAUGUGUGCAUAUCGAUACGUUCCUGGGCAGGGACAGCGACGAGUUCAUCGAAUGCGUGGGUGACACGACAGGUCGACUCUUGUUUCCUGGGCUAUCAUCUGUGAUCAUCCGCAGCAGGUGUCAUGUUUCUGCGCAGCUGCUCCGCCAGAUGGUACAAGGGCGUACUCGAGCAGCUCCAAGUAACGUGCAGGAUAGUGAUAACCCACGCUCAACCCUUGAGGAGGUGAAGGUCCAUGCGCCGGAUAGCCUUCCUCCAGAAGAUCAGGAGUGGUUUGAGAGGAACUUAGAAAGCUUCUCAUGGUCAUUAUUGGAGGACGAUGAACAUGGUUCGCUCACACUUAGCUUCGCGUCUGUGUGA